ACUAACUCAACGAUACCAUAUUUUAUAACCAAUACAUAUAUAGAUAAACAUCCCCGGGGCAAUCAGAAAAAGAUCAUUUUCCAACAUGACCCGACCGGGGAUCGAAACCGGGACCUCUCGGUUCAGAGGCAAGCAACCUCACCACUGCGCCACCGAGGUCGUCAAAUACAAAAAGGAAUAAUAAAGAUAAUACAAAAAUGCCUCAAGUCGAAUUGUAGACCUCGCUCACUUCGCUCGCUCGGUCAAAUAUAUAUGUACGGAACUCAUGGUAUUAGUAUGUACUCCGUUGUACGAAGUACUUACUAAAUCCAUGACUGAACUACAAUAAAAAAUAUGACAUCUGACUAUGAUAAGAUCUAUGACAUGUGUCUUCUUUGACCGUGUUCGUGUCUCAACAUCAAAACAUGGGAUCAGUCAAAUCUAAAUUGUUUACUUGUUGUAAAAAGGAAUUAGAGAAAGAAUAUAGUUCUGAUGAGAAAAAGGAGGAAAGCCAAGAAGAAGUACCAAGCAUAUCAUUUUUUACAUUGUAUCGAUUCGCCACAUCAUUGGACAGGGCUUAUAUAGCAAUAGCGAUAAUAUGUUCUAUAUUGAGCGGAUGUUCCAUGCCACUGAAUACACUUCUUUUCUCUUCCCUGCUCGAGAGCAUGGUCGAUUACGGCAUAUCAUUAAACGAAGGCAACCCAGCUGACGACGUCUUUUUAGAAGCUGUCAUGUACUUUGCUAUUUGGAACAGCGUAAUUGGAGUGUUAUUAGUUAUUUUGUCAUAUUUGUCUACUGUACUUAUGAAUACUGCUGCGUUUAAUCAGAUUUACAAGAUACGCCAAGAGUAUUUAAAAGCAGCUUUGAAUCAGGAUUUCGAAUAUUUCGAUACUCACCAGACAGGUGAUUUUGCCACGAAGAUGACCAGUGACGUUGUGAAGUUAGAAGACGGUAUUGGCGAGAAGUUAGCAACAUUUAUUUACUUCCAGUCGGCUUUUGUCAGUUCCAUCAUCAUGGCACUAGUGAAAGGAUGGAAACUAGCUUUGUUGUGUCUGAUAUCUUUUCCAGUCACACUGCUACUCGUUGGAAUAGCUGGACUGAUAGCAGCAAAAUUGUCGAAAAAAGAAGCCGUAGCCUCCGGAAAAGCUGGUUCCGUUACUGAAGAGGUCAUAUCUGCUAUACGUACAGUAUACGCUUUCAGUGGACAGCAGAAAGAGAUAGACAGAUACCAGAAAUACUUGGGACAAGCAAGGAGUAUCAAUAUAAAGAAAGGUUUCUUCAAUGGCCUUGCGAUGGGAACUCUGUUCUUGUGCAUUUUUUGUGCUUAUGCUCUAUCAUUCUGGUUUGGAUACAGACUGAUGGUUGAAGAACCCGAAAACUAUGAUGUUUCGACUAUGGUUGCUGUAUUUUUCGGCGUAAUGAUGGGGUCAGCUAACUUUGGCAUAUCCUCAACACUCAUGGAAGUAUUUGGCGUGGCCAAAGGAGCUGGUGCCCAAAUCUUCAACCUGAUCGACAAUGUGCCUACUAUUAACCCGCUAUUGAAUAAUGGCAUCGUUCCAAAAUCAAUCGAUGGUAACAUUGAACUUAAGAAUGUCGUGUUCAGAUAUCCUUCAAGGCCUGAUGUACCGGUAUUGAAAGGAGUAAAUUUAAGUGUAAGUCGAGGCCAAUCAGUAGCAUUAGUGGGUCACUCUGGGUGUGGAAAAUCUACCAUCAUUCAACUUAUAUCACGUUAUUACGACACGCUCGACGGCAGUGUACAAAUUGAUGGCAACAAUGUUCGAGAUCUGUCUAUCAGAUGGUUGCGCAAACAAAUCGGUCUAGUUGGCCAAGAGCCUGUGUUGUUCAACACCACAGUACGAGAAAAUAUAAAGUAUGGUCGGAAAGACGCAAGUGACGCUGAGGUUGAAGCAUGCGCAAAACAGGCUAAUGCUCAUCAGUUUAUUAUGAAACUGCCUAAGGGCUACGAUACUCUGGUGGGUGAACGUGGAGCUUCGUUAUCAGGAGGACAGAAGCAGCGCAUAGCUAUAGCCAGGGCUCUGGUGCGGAACCCAAGUAUACUGCUGCUUGAUGAAGCCACUAGUGCUCUAGAUAUGUCUUCUGAAGCUAAAGUUCAAAAAGCAUUAGAUAAGGCUCGAGAAGGCAGGACUACUAUAGUGGUGGCUCACAGACUCUCCACAAUCAGAAACGUUGACAACAUUUACGUUUUCAAAGCGGGACAAAUCAUAGAAUCUGGAAAUCACAUGGAACUGGUGAAAAAAAAGGGACAUUAUUACGACAUGGUCAUGAUACAGGGGACAUCGGAGUUAGAGGAAGAAGGCGGGCAAAAUAAUAUGUUAACAAGACAGAUUUCAGUAGCAAGCGUCAAUGACGAUGAAGAAGAAGUAUUUACUUAUAAGAAAGAGGUCGCAGAUGCAGAUGAUGAAGAGCCAGAUGUGUCAUUCUUUCGAGUGGUACGCCUUAACUCACCUGAGUGGAAGUCUGUUACUGCUGCGAGUUUGUGCUCGCUUAUGAGUGGUUUCGCUAUGCCGUUAUUGGCUGUCAUACUGGGUGAUUUUAUAGGGGUACUUUCGGAUGAUGACCCAGAUUUCGUACGAUCUGAAGUGCGCAAGUUCGCCCUUAUUUUCAUCGGAAUCGGAGUGUUUUCUGGAAUAACGAAUUUCAUUACGGUCUUCUUCUACGGCGUGGCCGGAGAAUACCUAACAGAACGAUUGAGACUUCAAAUGUUUGAGAAUCUUCUCCGACAAGGGAUUGGAUUUUACGAUGAUAAGGAUAAUGCCACAGGGGCUCUGUGCGCACGAUUGUCAGGUGAAGCCGCUGCUGUACAAGGCGCGACUGGUCAAAGAAUCGGCACGGUGCUUCAAGCUAUAGGCACUUUCGGAUUUGCUCUUGUCUUGUCCCUGUAUUACGAAUGGAGAGUUGGAUUGGUUGCAUUGGCAUUUGUUCCUGUAAUAGUGGUCAUUUUGUACAAGGAAGGCAGGAUGGUUAGUGAAGAAUCAUCCGGCACUGCAAAAACAAUGGAAGCCAGCUCGAAGCUCGCUGUCGAAGCAGUCGCAAACGUACGAACAGUAGCAUCUUUGGGGCGAGAAGAAACAUUCUGCAAUGACUAUGCUAUCCAAUUAUAUCCGGCUUUGCUUCUGGCUAAGCGUUCGGCUCACAUGAGGGGACUUGUUUUUGGUCUUUCUCGAGGCCUUUUCAACUUUAUAUACGCAGCAGCCCUGUAUUAUGGUGGAACACUUAUUGUUUACGAUGGCGUUGAUUACGCGUUGAUUCUAAAAUCAGCUCAAGCGUUACUCAUGGGAGCAUCUUCAGCGGCGCAAGCGUUUGCAUUUGCCCCUAACUUCCAGAAGGGUAUAAAGGCGGCAGGUCGUGUUAUUAAACUGUUAAAUGUGAAGUCCAAAAUAACUGAUCCAGAUAAACCAGUCGUUGCAUUUAAGGGUACUGGCGAAGCCAGUCUUCAACAGAUCAAUUUCAGAUAUCCAACAAGACCAAUGAUACAAGUUCUCAAAAAUUUGAACUUGGAGAUAGAAAGAGGUAAAACGGUCGCUCUGGUUGGAUCUAGUGGAUGUGGAAAGAGUACAGUUAUACAAUUGCUGGAGAGAUAUUACGAUCCUGAUAGUGGAAUAGUGGCUCAAGACGGAGUAUCUUUACCACAACUCCGUCUGGAUGAUGCCAGAAAACCCAUAGGUUUUGUGCAGCAAGAACCUAUACUAUUCGAUAGAACUAUUGGAGAAAAUAUAGCAUACGGAGACAAUUCGAGGAAUCCAAAUGCGGAUGAAAUAGUAGCAGCUGCGAAACAGGCCAAUAUUCACAACUUCAUCGUCUCAUUACCAAUGGGUUACGAAACCAACAUAGGAUCAAAAGGCACACAAUUAUCUGGUGGUCAGAAGCAAAGAGUCGCUAUUGCAAGAGCUCUAAUAAGAAGACCACGAAUGCUGCUUUUAGACGAAGCUACAAGUGCUCUUGAUACUGAGAGUGAGAAGGUGGUCCAAGAAGCUCUAGAUGCAGCCAAGGCAGGUCGCACGUGUGUCAUGAUUGCCCAUCGUUUGAGCACAGUCCGAGAUGCCGAUAUCAUAUGCGUUAUCAAUGAUGGCAAAGUUGUUGAAAGUGGCAAACACGCCGAACUGCUAGAUCUCAAGGGAAUUUAUUACAAUUUAAAUAGAAGAGGACAUAUGUAAAUUUAGAUAAAAUGUAGAUGUAUGUAUAAAUACUACCGCCUGUGAUGUUCUUAGAUGGACCGAACUUUUUUAGAUGUUUGUGUUCAAUAUGUAGUCGGGUGCAAUUACAAAGUAAGAAUGUAUAUUAUUUUGUCUGUGGUUUAAUCAUGUGAUACGUUAUAGAUAAAAACACACAUAUCUUUCAAUUCUUAAAAUUUUUUAAUACCAUGUUUUUUUUGUUUGUAAAUAUAUACAGUUUUAUUGUAUCUUUUUAUUUUGUACGAUUUUACUUUUGUUUUCUUUUUUGAUGUGAUUUUAUUACUAACUACUACUACUUUAAGAAGUAUUAAAUAGUAAUUUAAAUAAAGAUGUAUUUUUAUAGAAAA